UGUUAAGUUGGGUAUGUGUCAUAUACUCCGUAUAUUUGAUUGUUAAGUUUGGUGUGUAUAUGUGUGUGUGGAGCGAUCUAAUUUCUGAAAUGGCGAAUCCAAGCAAGGGAUCCAUCACUCACGUCAUCUUUGACAUGGACGGCCUCUUACUCGACACGGAGAAAUUCUAUACUGAAGUCCAGGAAACUAUACUAGCUAGAUACAAUAAAACCUUUGAUUGGGCUCUCAAGGCCAAAAUGAUGGGGAAGAAAGCAAUAGAAGCUGCUCGGGUCUUUGUUGAAGAGACUGGAAUCAGUGACUCUCUUACAGCCGAGGACUUUCUUGUAGAAAGAGAGGAUAUGCUGCGGAACAUGUUUCCUACAAGCGAACUCAUGCCAGGAGCCAGCCGUCUGAUUAGACAUCUUCAUGCAAAUGGAAUAUCAAUUUGUGUGGCAACAGGUUCUCACAGGCGGCAUUUUGAAUUAAAAACCAAAAGACAUGGUGAACUUUUCUCACUGAUGCAUCAUGUCGUUCUUGGUGAUGAUCCAGAAGUUAAACAAGGCAAACCAUCACCGGAUAUAUUUCUUGCAGCAGCGAAAAGAUUCGAGGUUGACACAGUAGAUCCACAUAAGAUUCUUGUUUUUGAAGAUGCUCCCUCGGGAGUUCUUGCAGCUAAGAAUGCUGGAAUGUCUGUAGUUAUGGUUCCAGAUCCAAGGCUGGAUAUUUCUUUCCAUGAAACUGCAGACCAGGUUCUGAGCUCUUUAUUGGAUUUCAACCCAAAUGAUUGGGGUUUGCCUCCAUUCGAAGAUGCUACAAGCUAGAUUCACAGAUCGGUCCAUAAUUGCUCAGAUAGAAAGACGGUUGCGUCUACUGAUUCUUGAGAAGAUUUAAAGCAAACAUCCACUGGAUACAUGCCAGAAUGGCAUUGUAACAUUAUUCUAGAAUGAGAUACUGAUAGAUAUUUUUUUUUUGGGGGGGUUAUAUAAAUACUGAUAAAUAUUGUUAAUUGGUGACAGUUCAAUAUGCAAUGCAUUACAAAUUAUUAUUUUUGCUACCCCAAAAAAUGUUAGUAGUUAUUAUGGAUCAACCUUGUUAUUGAAAAAAGUAUUCCACUGUGGUUGACAUAA